ACUGAAAUUAACCAGGCAGCCCAAAGCACCCGUGAAGGCUGCCUGGUAGGUUCAGAUGAACUUUGACCCAGCCAGAAGCAGGUGUGAGAUUAGGAAUUGAUUGUGAUCCAUGCUCCGAGGGACAGCCCACAGCCAGCAGCUGCAGCCCACGGAAGAGGCCGUGCAUCUCCCAAGGAUCCUGUGCUGCUACAUCUCAGCUGCUCUUUGCCUGGGUUCAAAACUGCCACCUGGCACAACCAUUUGUCACCCAGUUUGGAAAAUGAGAGGGCUGGCAGGCAUGGAUUCUUGGCAGCACUUAGUACUUCAUAGUCCUUCAGAGAGUGCUGACUGGCUGAGAAGUCAUCCUGGAGAGCAGGGACACAGAGGGAGCUGUGGGCUCCGGCCCUUGACUUCUGAUGAUGAGCGAGGCAUGACACGCGUCGUGGGUGGCAAAAGUGCUGAGUCCGGGGCCUGGCCCUGGCUCGUCAGCAUCCAAGAUCCCUCGGUUUCAGGCACGGGGCAUCUGUGUGGAGGGUCCCUCAUCAGCACACAGUGGGUCCUCACAGCAGCCCACUGCUUUACUGAGUCCAGGAACCUCAGUGACAUGCGCGUGCUGCUCGGGGCCACGAAGCUGACCGAGCCGGGCCCUGGGGCUGAGGUGCGCCUGAUUAAGCGGCUGCUGAUUCACAAGGAUUACAGUCCUGCCGACCAGAGCAACGACAUUGCGCUGCUGGAGCUCAACGAGCCUGUCCAGUGCAGCUCCUACAUCCAGCUGGUCUGCGUGCCCAACGCCACGCUGAACGUGGCACAGCUGGAAAACUGCUAUGUCGCUGGCUGGGGUGCCACCACUGCAAGAUCUCAACAAUCAAGUGACGUCCUGCAGGAGGCCAAGGUCCACCUUAUCAAUGUUGAGGUCUGCAACAGCAGUGAGUGGUACCAGGGGGAUGUCCAUACCCACAACUUGUGUGCUGGCUACCCGGAGGGUGGCAUCGACACCUGCCAGGGUGACAGUGGGGGUCCACUCAUGUGCCGAGACAACAGCGCUGGCUUCUUCUGGGUUGUUGGAGUGACCAGCUGGGGAAGAGGCUGCGCCAGAGCAAAACGGCCUGGAAUAUACACUUCUGUUCAGCACUUCUAUGACUGGAUUCUGGUCCAGAUGGAUCUGCUUCCACAGGUAGAGGCUUCUCGGUCAUGGAGUGUUUAUCCAACUGCUUCACAACCAUGGACUCCUCAUACAAAUGCCCCAUGGCCCACUCAGAAGCCAUGGCCAAGACCACCUCCCACUUAUAAGCCAUGGCCAACAACAACAACACUGCCCCCUCCAAAGCCAUGGCCACCAACACUGCCCCCUACAAAGCCAUGGCCAACAACAGCGCCUGCUCCAAAGCCAUGGCCACCAACACUGCCCCCUACAAAGCCAUGGCCAACAACAGCGCCUGCUCCAAAGCCAUGGCCACCAACCCUGCCCCCUACAAAGCCAUGGCCAACAACAGCGCCUGCUCCAAAGCCAUGGCCAACAACACUGCCCCCUCCAACACCAUGGCCACCAACACUGCCUGCUCCAAAGCCAUGGCCAACAACACUGCCCACUCCAAAGCCAAGUGUGAUUCCUGCACCAGUGGAAGAGAUUAAGACCUGCCCAUUUCCACUCAAGAAGCUGAUGGAAUUCUUCACUAAGAUACGGGAGCUCCUGAAGAACCUACAGGGAAUUGCAGUUUGAGCAGGAGAAUGGACAGGAUCCAGUGCAGGUUGCAUGGGACUGUGACUGUUUCCUGCUGAGGCAAUGCCUGCUGAUCCAAAGGCCGCCUCAGUGCCGAAGGCUUCCUCUGUCUUGCCCCCAUUGCUCCUCUACAUGUAUGCAAGUGCUAAUGUUGACUUAGUUGUUGAAAUAAAGUUGCCUA